GGUUCGUCGGAAAUUCGUCGGAAUAUACCGAUUCCGACGAAUUUCCGACGAUUUCGGCCAUCAGAAUCCCCCUGUUUUCUUGUAGUGAUUGUUUUUGUGUGUGUGUGUUACAUAGUGUACUUAUUGAUGCUAAGGUCAUUUAGUUUUGAAAUAUUUAAAUAAUUAGUAGUAUUGAUUAAGUAGUAGGAUUCUAUAGGUUUGAAAAAGUGAAAAUAAAUAUUGUAUAAUACAAAUGAUAUUGAAACUAAAUAUAUGGUGUAUUAAGGUUUAGGUUUUGUUUUAACUGUGAGUUUUGUAGAAUUGGAUUUGUUAAAAUGAAGAGGGAAGUGAUUUUAAAGGGAUAUGAGACUGGUGGGUAACAUGGGUUUCAUUGUCGGAUGUCUUUAGUUGCUCUCUUGAUUAGAGAAUAGUGUUAGGGAUUGUCGAACUGCUUGGUAAACACCGAUGUGCAAUAUUUAGUUGCUCUCUUGUAUUAUAGUGGUUUCUUUGCGUAGUUUGGAUAGUGGUUAGGAGUUGUAGAUUAAUGAGACGGGUAUUUUAUUUAUCAUGGCAUUCAGUCACCAUUGUUUCUAGAUUUUUAUAAAAUCUCUAGGAAAUUUACGUGUCUGGUUGGUUUUGUUUUGUAAUGUUUUUUUUUUUAUAGAGUGUGUUAAUUUGUUGUGUGUGUAUAUCUUAUGAAUAAUAGAAAAUGUUAGUGUUUUUUUUUAAAGAUGUCAUUCUAUUAAAAAAAGCAUUACAGUCCAGCUCAUUUCAGUGUUUUCUUAGUUAAAUCCAGGGAAGCCCAAUUAGUAAUCAUUACAGCAGUCCAUUACAAAAAGAUUAACGAAAGUUAAAACAGAUUUUGUUAAGACAUGCAGCCAAGGCGGUGAAAGAAGAAACCAGAGAAUCAUGGGAUGAUCCAUCAUAGCGUCCUAGCGAUCAUCAAUUAGUUUAACUGGAGAAAUAGAGAAUCAGAAAGCCUUCAUAGUAAAGUGAGUGGCAGAUCGAGCUUACAAAAUGUUUUGUGUUUGGGUUAAUAAUAUAGAAGUGGUUACUAUCAAUUCCUCAGUCAUCCCCAUCUUCUCCAUCCUUGCUGCAGAGUUUCUUCUCCAUGUUUUCUGCCUCUUCUUAAUCUCUUCCCCUGAUUCUACUGCUGUUUCUCCUGACUUCACCAACCACAUCUGCAUAGGAUAGGGGGAACAAAGAUUUUUACAGCAAUACCAAGAGGACAGCGUUGGAAAAAAGGUAGGAGACAAACCUAGUAACUCGGUGUUGGUGAUGGCAAGCGAGAGCAGCUGGCCAUAAGAACGGAACCGGAAGAUCUCGCCAGGGAAAGGGUUGAGUGUUGCUGCAAUCUCAGUGAUUUGGUUUUGUCGUUGAAUCGGAUGGAAACAUGUAUCUCUGUCCUCUUGGUAUAAAGCCCUGGGCUCCACUCCGGGCUUCAUGCACAAAUAUUAUAAAGCCCAGUUCACACUUCCCUAUUAGAAAACCUAAGAAACAAAACCAAGAAAAAAAAACACAGAACAAUCAGGUGUUGACACGUGGCGCGAUUUGUCCCUCCCUCCAUGGUGAUGUGGCGCAAGGAGGAGGGAAAAAAGCCCCCUUUAUUGUAUAAGAUAAGAUUAGCAUACGUAUCAACAAGUUAGUACCAAAUGGUUAAGAGUUUUAAAUGUUUACUGAAUAAAGUCAGUAGAAAAAGACACAUGUUACCUAUCCAAGUAUUGGAGAUAUGAGUAUGAGAAACUAUAUAAAAUAAACUGACAUCUGUUCUCCCAUAUUAGUGCCAAACUAUUUAUAAAAAUAAAUCUUGACUUAAACCAUACCCGCAGAUACACGUGUUAAUGAAAUGUUGGUUGAAAUAUGAGCAUGAGGAGUUAGAUAAUAGAGAAAUUGCACUCCAUAUAUAAAAAAAUCUAUUUAAAAUGACAUAAAUAUUUUUAGAUAUAUUGAUGCCAAAACUAAGAGGAAGAGUAAAUAUUCUAGAAGCUCAACUUUGCAGAAGAAAUUAAAUAAUAUUAGUUGGUAUACACCUGUUAAUGGGCCACUGGACGAAAAUUUAGAUUUGAAUUAAAAUUUAUAAUUUCUACAGAAAUGUUACCAAAUAAAAAUAUCUAAAACAGAAUAUAAUACAGUCUAUAUACAUCCAAAUACGUUUCGAAUUUUUCAAUUUUUGAAUUUAGACAAGCAUGGUCUUUUUGUUUUUAAAACUAGACACGUUUGUUUUUAUCCCAAUUUAUCUAAGAUAUCGGUGAAACAUAACAACAACAAAAAAGAGGUGUAGAUAUUAGAUCUCAUCACCUUGUAUGGAAGAAAAUUAUACCAAGAUAAGAUUGAAAAGUGAUUAUACCUUACAAUGACAUGUAUGCAAAAGGAACACAAAACUCGAAGAUACUCCAUACAAAAAGUUGAAUCUUAAACUUCUUAUAAAUUUGUAAGAAGACAAGAACAAUCUUCUCACACUCACCUAUCACAUAGUUUGCAACUUUUCUGGUAAAAGUUUUACAAAUCCAAACGUAUCCAUAUUAUCCAUUUUACACAUACAUUGCAAACAGUUUUACAAAUCCAAACGUAUCCAUAUUAUCUAACAAAAAGUGUUUAUAAAUCUUCAUGUUUGCUUACCAAAAAAAUGAUGUUCAUAAAAAGUGUGUUUAGUUGUUUUUUUUAGCAAAACAAUAGCUUUAUUUUAAUUAUUUUAUUUAUUCAAUUAGUUGUUUAUAUUUGUUCAUGAAAGAGCCUGUUUUAAUUGAUAAUUAAUUUGUUUUCCACGAAAAUUGGGCAGGUCGUUAAUUAGUUUGACAAGUGCUUUACGAUUCUUGAAAGAAGAUGGUGUCUUAUGAUGAAUCAUGUAGUAAAAGGCAAAGACUGCUUGUGGUGGCUAACCGGCUUCCGGUUUCUGCAAAGAGAACCGGAGAAAAUUCUUGGUCUCUGGAAAUGAGUCCUGGUGGUUUAGUCAGUGGUCUUCUAGGCGUGGCAGCUGAGUUCGAGACCAAAUGGGUUGGUUGGCCUGGAGUUGAUGUGUAUGAUGUAGUUGGGAAAAACGCACUCUCGAAAUCUCUAGCCGAUAUGAAAUGUAUACCAGUGUUCCUUGAAGAGGUUUUUGAUCAAUACUACAAUGGGUAUUGCAAUGGUAUUUUGUGGCCAAUUCUUCAUCACAUGGGACUUCCACAAGAAGAUCAUAAUGACACAAACAAGACGUACCAAACACAAUACGAUGCAUAUAAGAAAGCAAACCGAAAGUUUCUUGAUGUCAUAAUUGAGAACUACGAAGAAGGAGAUAUUGUUUGGAUUCAUGAUUAUCAUCUUUUGUUUCUUCCUCAAUAUCUUAAAGAAUACAACAACAAAAUCAAAAUUGGAUGGUUUCUCCAUUCACCAUUUCCUUCCUCAGAGGUCUUCAAAACCUUGCCCUCGCGAUCAGAGCUUCUUCGCUCGGUUCUUACAGCUGAUUUACUUGGCUUCCAUACCUAUGAUUUUGCAAGUCAUUUUGUGAGAACAUGCACUCGAAUCCUUGGAGUUGAAGGAACACAUGAAGGAAUUGUUGAUCAUGGCAAAGUCACUCGUGUAGCUGUUUUUCCCAUUGGAAUAGAUCCUAAUAGGUUUAUAAAAGCAUGUGAGCUCCCUGAAGUCAGACAACAAAUGACUGAGCUUAAAAAGAGAUUUGCUGGCAAAAGGGUGAUAUUAGGUGUUGAUAGGCUUGACAUGAUCAAAGGGAUUCCACAAAAGUUUCUUGGAUUUGAGAAAUUUCUUGAAGAAAAUAUGGAUUGGCGUGAUAAAGUUGUGUUAGUGCAAAUUGCAGUUCCAACAAGAAAUAAUGUCCCUGAAUAUCAAAAGCUCAAAAGUCAAGUUCAUGGACUCGCUGGACGCAUUAACGGUCGUUUUGGUUCUGUCUCUUCUCUUCCAAUUCAUCACCUGGAUUGUUCUGUUGACUUCAACUUCUUAUGUGCACUUUACGCGAUUGCUGAUGUAAUGCUUGUAACAUCUUUGAGAGAUGGAAUGAAUCUUGUGAGUUAUGAAUUUAUUGCUUGUCAAGAAGCGAAAAAGGGAGUUCUUGUUCUCAGUGAGUUUGCAGGUGCUGCGCAGUCACUUGGUGCUGGAGCUAUUCUUGUGAAUCCUUGGGAUGUUACAGAAGUUUCUUCUGCUAUUAAAGAAGCUCUAAAUAUGCCAGCUGAAGAAAGGGAUGAAAGACAUAGACUUAAUUUUCAGUAUGUGAAAACUCAUUCUGCUAAAAAGUGGGGAGAUGAUUUCAUAAGUGAACUCCAUGAUACUUUUACUGAAUCCGAUAUGAAGAUUAAGAAAAUUCCAGUUGGACUUCCACAGCAAGAUGUGAUUCAACGAUAUUCUAAGUCUAACAAUAGAUUGUUAAUCUUGGGUUUCUUUGGAACACUCACUGAGCCAAUGAAUAACCAAAAUGAAGAACUGGAUCUUAAAUUAAACCCAGAGCUAAAAGGAACACUGAAAGCAUUAUGCAAUGAUCCAAAAACAACAGUAGUUGUAUUGAGUAGAAGUGGCAAAAACAUACUAGAUAAAAUCUUUGGAGAGUAUAACAUAUGGCUGGCUGCGGAAAAUGGAAUGUUCUUAAGGGACACAACUGGGGAAUGGGUGACAAAUAUUCCUGAAAACAUGAACCUCGAUUGGGUGGACGGUACAAAGAUGUUGAGUUUGGGAGAGCACAAGCAAGAGACUUGUUACAAUACUUAUGGGCAGGACCAAUUUCUAAUGCAUCAGUUGAUGUUGUUCGAGGAAACCAUUCUGUUGAAGUCCAUGCGGUGGGUGAGACUAAGGUAUAAAUAUACUUCAUUUGAGGGGGUAGCAGUGGGUCGUAUCUGGGAAGAAAUAGUGCGCAAAAAAUCUAUGACCACACCAGUUGAUUAUGUCUUUUGUAGUGGUUACUUCUUGGAGAAGGACGAAGACAUUUACACAUUCUUCAAACCAGAAGUUGUGUCAUCCAAGUUAUCUCAUGAAACUAGGUCGAAGUCUUCUGCAAGUAACCAUUCUAUAAAGAAGAAGAAUCUUUUAUCGAACGUUCUUGACCUCAAGAAAGGAAAUUACUUCUCUGUAGCCAUUGGACAAGCUCACACAAAAGCUCGCCACGUCGUCGACUCAUCUCAUGAUGUUGUGGAUUUACUCCACAAGCUCGCAGUUGCAGAUACAACAACGUCUGACUCAUUUUCUGAGAGUGAAGACUAUCAGACUCGCAAUGCAAACGCAGAUUGGAAACCUUGGAUAAAUUAUGUAAAAAUAAGGGAACUGGCAGUAGGAGACACUGAGCCAGUCGAUAUAUAA